AUGGAAGGGGAAACCAAACAGGUGAACGACAAGGAGGGUAAUCAUGUGGCAAACGCAGCUGACGAAGUGAGUGAUAAGAAGAAGGAGAAAAAAGCAAAAAAGUUAGCAGAGAAAGAGAAGAAGCUAGCCAAGAAGGCAGAAAGGGAGAACCAAAAAAAUGAAGCCACUAAAGUUUUGGAGCACGUUUGCGAGGACAUAAAAAAGGACAACUAUGGAUUUGUCACAGUUAGUAAAAUGAAGGAAAAUAAAGACGACAUAAAGUUGCUCAAUUUGGAAGAAAUAUACCACACGUUGAUGAAGGUGGGAGGAAGUGCGAAAGUUGAUAAUGCGAAGAGAGAAGACACAGCUAGCCAUUCUGUAGUAGCACAAUCCGAUGAAGAGCAUCUACUCCAAGGUGAUAUCUGGGUUAGAGGCAGAAUCCACGAUAUCAGGAGCAAAGGGUCCUUAGCCUUCAUCAUUUUGAGGCAAAAACUGUACUCCAUGCAGUGUAUACUAGACAUAAAAAACAACGACAACGAUAAGAACAUGAUGAAGUGGGUAAGUAACCUUCCACUAGAGUCUAUUGUAGACAUAAAUGGAAAAAUAAUAAAGCCAGAAAUUCCAAUCGAUAGCACCAAUAUAAAGUACGAAGUACACAUAAAGAAGAUAUUUUGCAUAAGCAAGACGGCGAAGGAGUUGCCCUUUUUGUUAAAGGACGCAAAUAUGAAAGAAACAAAUGAGGAAGGAAGCAUUAAGGUCAAUCAGGACAAUCGCUUAAACAACAGAUGUAUCGAUUUGAGGACCUAUGCCAAUUAUAGCAUCUUCUGUCUGCAGUCUCAAAUAUGCACCAUUUUUAAGAAUUUUUUACUACAAAAUAAUUUCAUCGAAAUACAUACUCCCAAACUGCUAGGAGAAAGCAGCGAAGGAGGAGCUAAUGCUUUUCAGAUUAACUACUUCAACCAGAAGGGAUUCCUAGCACAGUCCCCCCAACUGUACAAGCAGAUGUGUAUUAACGCCGGAUUUGACAGGGUAUUCGAGGUGGCCCCCGUUUUUCGAGCAGAAAAUAGUAACACAUAUAGACACCUCUGUGAGUACGUAUCGUUAGACAUAGAAAUGACCUACAAGUAUGAUUUUAUGGAAAACGUCUUUUUCUACGAUUCAUUGUUUAAGCAUAUUUUCACCGAGUUAACAAAAGGAGAGAAGAGUGAAAUGCUUAUUAAGACUGUAAAGGGUCAAUACCCAUGUGAAGAAUUUCAAUGGCUAGAGGAGACUCCAAUUUUUACUUACGAAGAGGCCAUAAAAAUGCUAAUACAACAUAAUAAGCUUGACUUAAAGGAGGAGGAAAUUUUAUCCUAUGAUAUGUCCACCGAUAUGGAAAAGGAAUUGGGAAAAAUUGUUAAGGCUUCUCAUCACACGGAUUACUACAUUAUUAUAAAUUUCCCCUCAGCGCUAAGGCCUUUUUAUACUAUGUACAAGGAAGACGAUCCAGCCAUUUCUAACUCGUAUGAUUUUUUUAUGAGGGGGGAAGAAAUUCUAUCAGGAUCCCAACGUAUUAGCGAUGUGAAAUUAUUGCUGGACAAUAUCAAGCGGUUUAACUUGGACGCAAGCAAACUGAACUUUUACAUCGACUCGUUUGCCUAUUCGUCUUACCCCCACUCUGGAUGUGGCAUUGGCCUCGAGCGCGUCCUCAUGCUGUUCCUCGGUCUGAACAACAUCCGCAAGACUUCGCUCUUCCCACGGGACCCCAAGCGACUCAUCCCAUGA